AAAACGGUCGUUUUAACGAAGUUCGAUGUUAUUUCGCAGGUACUGGGUAAAGGCAGCUUUGGUAAGGUUUUGCUGGCUGAAUUGCGUGGCACGGAAUAUCUUUACGCAGUGAAAUGUCUGAAGAAGGACGUUGUUCUCGAGGACGACGAUGUCGAGUGCACGUUGAUCGAGAGAAAAGUCCUCACGUUAGCAACGAGGCAUCCCUAUCUCUGUCACUUGUUUUGCACCUUUCAGACCGAUUCGCAUCUCUUUUUCGUCAUGGAAUAUCUCAAUGGAGGUGAUCUGAUGUUUCACAUACAGAAGUCUGGUCGAUUUCCCGAGCCUCGCGCACGUUUCUACGCUGCCGAAAUAUGGUCCGGAUUAAAUUUUCUGCAUAAGAAGGGCAUCGUUUAUCGAGAUCUCAAAUUGGACAACGUACUGCUCGAUUUCGAAGGUCAUAUUCGAAUUGCAGACUUUGGCAUGUGUAAACUUCAGAUUUUUCUCGAUAGAACGGCCGACACAUUUUGCGGCACGCCAGAUUAUAUGGCACCAGAGAUUAUAAAAGGACUCAAGUAUAAUCAAGCCGUAGAUUGGUGGUCAUACGGUGUCUUAUUAUACGAGAUGCUAACAGGCCAAUCACCAUUUUCGGGAUGCGAUGAGGAUGAGCUAUUUUGGAGUAUAUGCAACGAAAGACCAUUUAUACCUCGAUACCUGAGUCAAGAAGCUACUGAUAUCUUGGUCUGUUUAUUGGAGAAAGAUUCUGGGAAAAGAUUGCCUGGUCACGAAAUUGCUGUGCAUGCUUUCUUUCAGCAUUUACCUUGGGAUCGAUUAGAAAGAAGACAACUGGAAGCGCCAUUUAAGCCUGCGCUCGAUCAUACGUUAGACACGAAAUACUUUGAUACAGCGUUUACAACCGAACGUCCGAAGCUUACACCAAUACCCGAACAAAUCUUGACUUCGAUGGAUCAAGGUGUUUUUCGUGGAUUCUCUUACACAAAUCCAAACGCGACAGACUGAUAUAUAUCGGCUGAUCAGAAACGAAUAGUACUACAAGUACUACUAAUCUUUAACAAGUUAAUAAUGUCUUCGGUAUCUUCUUUGCCAACGUUUUCUUAUACUAACGAGGUAGAUAAUUCAUUUUAUAUUCUUUUAUGUGAAUGUAUGUGUGUACGUAUGUGUGCGUGUGUAUGUGCGUGUGUAUAUGCGACUUCUAUCUGAAAUCAAAAGUCUCCGCUUGUAUUAUUCGGAUGAUAUAAUAAUGACGCGAUAUGUAAAUAAGCUAUAUAGAAAACUUAAGCUAUUUGGAAGACUUAUUAUGCAAACGACAUAAAUAUUAAAUAACAAUCGAGACGCAAAUGCUUAAGAUAAAAUUUAAAAAUAAAUUCAGUAGCUCCUCUUAACAUUGCAAAACUGUUUUUAAUCUUUUACAUAUUUGUUUCUAUCUUUACCACUAUAAAAAAAGGCGUAAAAGUUGACAAUUUUAUGAUUGAUUCUUUUCUUUUGCGAAAGAUAUUUUUCUUCCUUAUUAUUUAUCACGACAAUAGAAAAAAAAAUUAUAGCUUAGUUCUAAAACUAAGUUACUCAGCAAUAAAUAACAAAAGAAUAUAACAUUAAUACAACAGACAUUUAUGCAACAGAAAUAUAACUACGAUAUUGAUAUAACGGCUUAAUAUAUUAUGUUUAAUGUGGCUUCUAUCUUAUAAAACGCAGUUUUGUGUUUGCUGAAUAUCCGGAUUCAUUUUUCAAAACUGCUUCGGUUUCUAACUUUGCACUUUUCAAGAGAAGCUACUGUACAUGUACAAUCUACUUAAAGCUAAGAAAUAAAGCAAUUACUCCUUUAGUGUGUUCAUAUAUAUAAAAUUAUAUAUUUACACACUCAUAUUGUAUUGUACUAUAAAAUAUAACAUUUCUUCUUUUUUUUUAUAGUAAUAUAAACAGUUGCCUACACAGACAGAUAAAUAAAAUAUAUUAACCAUAUUUUUAUCCACAGACAUAACAUUCAUUAGAUGUGUAAUGAACAUCUAAUGAAAGUUUAUAUAGAAUAUUGAGAUACAUAUGAGUAUAUUUAAUGUUUUGUUUCUUAGCUUUUGUCAAAACAUAUAAUUGUUUUUACAAAUUUAAUACUGCAGAUUUGAAAAAGUUACCUUUAAGAUGACAAUCCUCUGAUCUGUUAUGAUAUUCUACUCAAAUUUGUAGACAAUCUAUUCACAAAAAUUAGCAAUUUGUUUACUGAGUUUUUAUGUACUUGAUGCGCGUGUUUUUUUUCUUUGUAAAUGAAAAUUACACAUAUGUUAUUCUGGUGUAUGUACUUAUUUUCAUCUUGGUAAUAGAAUAAUAGGUAAUUAUUCAUCGCGUGCACUAAAUAUAAGUAUUGCGGUCUCUCUGAUAUUACUGUAGUUAAAUUAUGAUCUAUUAUAUGAAGUGUUCUAUUAAUUAAGCUGACAAUAGAGUCUCUAGUGUUCAGGUAAAAUAUUGUUUCCAUUCAAAUCUUGUUUCAAUUUCUAUCAGAUUUUUACUAUUUUUAUUUAUAGUCGACUUUCUUUUUUUAUCUUUUCUAUAUCUAAAAUUUAAUUCUUCUUUUUUGCACUAAAAUAUAUCCUGUUUUCUUUUGUUUUAACGCAUAACAUUUACCUCGGAAGAUUUUUUACGUGUCUUAUAUUUCUUUAACUCAUAUAUUACUUAUAUGAGACUCUCGUUCUUUAAAUGAUAUCAAACCUAACUCUGAGCUUUUUUUCAAUGUUUUUAGUUUCUAUGUUUUCAACUUUUAAUGUCGUUAAAAUUUUGUUUACUUUUAAUUAUACUUCCUUGUCACGAGUUUUCACUUUUUUUCUCUUUUUCUGACCUGUUUGUUUCUCUCACGACGUAGUUUUUCUUAUUCCUCUAAAUAUGCUUUUUACUCAAAUACAUUUGGCCCCGCGUUCACCGCACGCGCUAACUUUAGAUCGUCGAGGAGUUGGCAAACCGUACUCUCAACAUCUACUAUGAUGAAAGGAAUGGGUUAUCGUAAGAUCUCUAUGUGGAGCUAUCACGUGGCUUCUACAUAAUCAUAACACCUAAAAAACAUAUGAGAUAUAAUAAUUAAGCCAAUUAAUCCGCUGAAUGCCAUAAGAUUUAUCAUUAGUCAUUGCUCGAUGUUUAGUCUAAAUUAAUUAAUUUAAGUGCGCGCGCUCUUCUUUUAUGAGAAAUAAAAAUAUUUUCUCUGCAGGUAUA